AAAAAAAAAAAAAGAACCCACAGAAAGCGUGGUAAAGCGACUCCCUUGUACGGCAAUAAAGAAGUUCCAAACCCAAUCAUUCCGAUUUCCAUAUUCAUAAUCUCAUUUGAUUGUGGAUUUUAUUCAGACAAAACCCUAAAAAAAAAAAACCAAAAAAAAAACAAAAAAAAUUGAAGCGAAACAAUGCAGUCGUUGAGCGCCAAGACUUGCGUGGGUUCGAGGUUAGCGGUUUUAACGAACCCCGAGGCGAGGACUACGAGGACGCAACGCGUGAGUUGUCCGAACCGCAGGAAUUGGAGCAGCGCCAUUGUUUCGUGCGGUUCGGAGAGGAACGGGACCGAUGGAACCGGCUCGCCCGGAGGUUCCAACGGUUCGUUUUUGUCUCCGAGCCAUAAUUACGCGAUCCUCAAGCACCGGAUGGAGGUGGCGGCGAAAUCCGAGUAUUACGAAGAAGCGGCGAGGAUUCGCGACUCGCUCAAGUGCAUCGAAGAGGAGGUGCCUGUUCUGCGUCUAAGGAGAUUGUUGAAGGAAGCCGUUGCUGAUGAGAGGUUUCAGGACGCAGCUAGAUAUCGUGAUGAGCUAAAAGCAAUUGCCCCACAUUCUCUCUUAAAAUGCUCAAGUGAUGCUACAACAUUGGGAAUCCGGGUCCAAGUUAGGAGUGCAUACAUAGAGGGCAGAAGUGAACAUUCAGAGGAGCUAUAUUUCUUUGAAUAUAAAAUCAAAAUUACCAAUAACACGAACCGCCCUGUUCAACUUCUCAGAAGACAUUGGAUUAUAACUGAUGCUAAUGGGAAAACUGAAAAUUUCUGGGGAAUUGGUGUUGUUGGUGAACAGCCAGCUAUAUUUCCUUGGUCUACUUUUGAAUUCUCUUCCACAUGUCCAUUAAACACACAAAAUGGUAGAAUGGAAGGUGACUUUGAGAUGAUUCAUGUUGAUCGAGUAGGUCCUAGGGCAUUUAAUGUGGCAAUUGCCCCUUUCUCUCUCUCUCUACUUGGAGAUGAUGAAGGUGAAAUUAUUUGAGAGAGAAUUACAGCAUCACCUUCUCGGAUUGUGCCAAAUAAACAUUCAGAGCAUGUAAUCGGAAGAAGUUCUCAGCCAUAUUAAGAAAUUAAAGUUGGCUAUUGGCAUCAUCUUCUUGUUGCGAAUGAGUCAUUGUAAAUGUUUUGCUUUGAAGAUUACUUCAAUUUUUUUGUUUUAUUUUCUUGUCGUGAGGCCAGAACCUUACAGAUGUAUGUAUUUUUAAGGUUGAAUGGUGUGUACAGAAUUCCAGAAAGAAAUCAAUUUUCAUAUGUAUAUUAUUGACAGUUCAUGUUGU